AUGACACCCAUGAUUGUACCUCAAACAUCUGAAAAGCAAAAGUGUGGAGCGAAAUGUCCGAUUUUGGCUGAGACACUUUCAUCCAAUGAUUGCCAAACACGCAUUUUCCGAUUCCAACCUGUAGCUCCUCUUCCUCUAACACUUCGACAUACCGAGAUUCAUUUUUCACCAAAGAUAUUGACUUUUUGCCACUAA